CCGCAAUUACUCUCCUGCCGAGGGAGGUGAAAAAGAAAGCAAGAAGAAAAAGAAGCAGAGAAACAUGGAUGAGCUCAAAAAAGAAGUGCCGAUGGACGAUCACAAGUUGUCGUUGUACGAGCUGGGAAAGAAGUAUGAUGUUGAUCUGAUACGGGGCUUGACUCAGGCCCAUGCUCUGGACAUCCUGAAUCGGGACGGUCCGAAUGCCCUCACUCCGCCCCCCACCACCCCGGAGUGGGUCAAGUUCUGCAGGCAGCUCUUCGGCGGCUUCUCAAUCCUGCUCUGGAUCGGCGCUAUCCUAUGCUUCCUGGCUUACAGUAUUCAGGCCGCCAUGGAAGACGAACCAGCAAACGACAAUUUGUACCUGGGUGUGGUGCUGGCAGCAGUAGUUAUCAUCACAGGCUGCUUUUCAUAUUACCAAGAAGCCAAGAGCUCGCGGAUCAUGGACUCCUUCAAGAACAUGGUUCCUCAGCAAGCACUGGUGAUACGUGAUGGGGAGAAGAUCCAAAUUAAUGCUGAAGAAGUGGUGGUGGGGGAUCUUGUGGAGGUCAAAGGAGGAGACCUGAUUCCUGCCGAUAUCAGGGUCAUUUCAUCUCACGGCUGCAAGGUGGAUAACUCGUCUCUCACAGGUGAAUCCGAACCUCAGACUCGCUCACCAGAAUUCACUCACGAGAACCCCUUGGAGACAAGAAACGUCGCUUUCUUCUCAACCAACUGUGUAGAGGGUACAGCCCGGGGAAUCGUCAUUGGGACUGGUGACCACACAGUCAUGGGCCGAAUUGCUUCCCUGGCUUCAGGCCUUGAAGUAGGCCAGACUCCCAUCUCCAGGGAAAUAGAACACUUCAUCCAAAUCAUCACAGGCGUCGCUGUCUUCCUGGGCGUGUCCUUCUUCAUCCUGUCACUCAUCCUUGGCUACAGCUGGCUCGAAGCUGUCAUCUUUCUCAUUGGGAUUAUUGUGGCUAAUGUGCCAGAGGGCUUACUUGCCACUGUGACGGUGUGUCUGACCCUGACAGCUAAGCGCAUGGCUCGCAAAAACUGCCUGGUGAAGAAUCUGGAGGCCGUGGAGACUCUGGGCUCCACUUCCACCAUCUGCUCAGACAAAACUGGCACCCUGACCCAGAACAGAAUGACGGUGGCACACAUGUGGUUUGACAACGAGAUCCAGGAGGCAGACACCACGGAGGACCAGUCCGGUCAAACCUUUGAUAAGAGAUCCCCUACCUGGACCGCUCUCUCCAGAAUUGCUGGCCUGUGCAACAGAGCCGUUUUCAAAGCGGGUCAAGAGAACUUCCCCAUUCUCAAGAGGGACACAGCCGGAGACGCCUCGGAGUCCGCUCUGCUCAAGUGUAUCGAGUUGUCCUGCGGGUCUGUCAAGACAAUGAGGGAGAAGAAUCCCAAAGUGGUUGAAAUCCCAUUCAACUCCACCAACAAGUACCAGCUUUCUGUUCACUUGCCAGAGGAUAAUUCCAGCGGCCACCUGCUUGUGAUGAAAGGAGCCCCAGAGCGCAUCCUCGAUCGCUGUGCCACCAUCAUGCUUCAGGGCAAAGAGGAGCCCCUGGACGAGCAGAUGAAAGAGGCUUUUCAAAACGCUUACAUUGAACUGGGAGGACUGGGAGAAAGGGUACUGGGAUUCUGCCAUUACAACCUCUCCAGUGACAGGUUCCCUCGUGGGUUCAAGUUUGACACAGAGGAAGUUAACUUCCCCACGGAGGGCCUAUGCUUCGUGGGUCUCAUGUCCAUGAUCGACCCCCCUCGUGCCGCGGUCCCUGACGCCGUGGGGAAGUGCCGGAGCGCCGGGAUCAAGGUGAUCAUGGUGACUGGUGAUCAUCCUAUCACAGCGAAGGCCAUUGCAAAAGGGGUGGGGAUUAUUUCAGAAGGAAAUGAGACGGUUGAAGAUAUUGCUGAGCGUCUGAUCAUUCCUCUCAGCCAAGUUAAUCCCAGGGAUGCAAAGGCCUGCGUGGUGCACGGUUCAGAUCUGAAAGACAUGAGCAACGAGUACCUGGAUGAUAUCUUGCAGAAUCACACCGAAAUCGUCUUCGCUCGCACCUCCCCCCAGCAGAAGUUGAUAAUUGUGGAGGGCUGCCAGAGACAGGGAGCUAUAGUAGCGGUCACAGGAGACGGUGUUAACGAUUCUCCCGCUCUGAAGAAGGCGGAUAUCGGAGUAGCGAUGGGAAUAUCUGGAUCCGACGUCUCAAAGCAAGCCGCUGACAUGAUCCUUCUGGAUGAUAAUUUUGCUUCUAUUGUCACUGGAGUGGAAGAAGGUCGUCUCAUCUUUGAUAACCUGAAGAAGUCCAUCGCCUACACUCUGACCAGCAAUAUCCCUGAGAUCACGCCUUUCCUCUUCUUCAUCAUCGCCAAUAUCCCUUUGCCCCUUGGGACUGUGACUAUCCUCUGUAUCGACCUGGGCACUGACAUGGUGCCUGCCAUUUCCCUUGCCUAUGAAGCAGCUGAGAGUGACAUCAUGAAGAGACAGCCUAGAAACCCCAGAACCGAUAAACUCGUCAACGAGCGACUCAUCAGCAUGGCUUACGGCCAAAUAGGGAUGAUUCAGGCUCUGGGAGGUUUCUUCACCUACUUUGUGAUACUGGCUGAGAACGGCUUUCUUCCAAGUAGACUCCUGGGCAUUCGUCUGGAGUGGGAUGACCGAAACCAGAAUGAUGUUCAGGACAGCUACGGGCAGGAGUGGACUUACGAGCAGAGGAAGGUGGUUGAGUUCACAUGUCACACAGCUUUCUUCACCAGCAUUGUGGUGGUGCAGUGGGCCGACGUAAUCAUCUGUAAAACCAGGAGAAAUUCAGUCUUCCAGCAGGGAAUGAAAAACAAGAUCCUGAUUUUCGGGUUGUUUGAAGAGACGGCCCUGGCUGCUUUCCUCUCCUACUGCCCUGGCAUGGGGGUAGCUCUGCGCAUGUACCCACUCAAGAUUACUUGGUGGUUCUGUGCGUUCCCAUUCAGCCUGCUCAUCUUCAUUUACGAUGAAGUUCGAAAGUUUAUUCUGCGCAGGAAUCCUGGAGGUUGGGUUGAACGAGAGACUUACUAUUAACCGAAGGCCAGGUGGCAGAUGCUCCGGACUGUGUGUGUGUGCGCGUGCAUGCGCACGCGUGUGUGUGUGUGUUAAAAUAGGGAACUCAAAAAAUAAUUUGAGAAAUCCCUACAGGUACCCUCAAGUCUGCUAGAGCAUGUCUGUCUGCCAAUUCCACAAGAACUGCAGUGAGCUUUAACAGGGAGACUUGUAUCCAUUACAAAGCACUUUCAGCCAUAUGCACUGGUCUUGCCACACAGGAAACAUUGGUAACUUGGUGCCAGAACUGUAUUCAUUGCAGUCUGUUUCAUGCAACACAGUUGUUUAGCACAGACAUGCAAAACAAACAGCAAAUUAAAACACAUCUAUAAAAUCAUAACACAGGGAGGGGGUUGCAACAGAGUUAAAUUACUGCCAAGGGCUCAAAAGGUGGUGAACUGUAUUAACCACUAAGUCACUACUGACAGAAAGAGAUCUGUUUUUGCAGUCGUUGUUUGUGCCAAUCGAAAAUCAAAACAGUGUAGUGAAUGCCCAAGUCCUUUGAAUGUAGUUUAUGGUUUUAUUGGUCGACAGCACUGUAAUUACACCUCCCUAGUGUUGCGCAUACAUCGUUUUUAUAACCACGUUUGCCUUACCUGAAAAUGUUUUUAUCUGGGCAGUAUUCAAGAUUGACCUGCUUGCCUUUAAUAACCUGUGAUCCAAACACUGCCACCUUGAGGCGUGGAGGAGAAGGGCACUGGGUUUCACUAAUUGCUUAAAUAAUGUGUUUUAAAAGAGUUAAAAGUUGUGUUCAGCUUUCACAGCAAAUACAUUUCUCUGUCUAUCUA